AUGUCCUCCGAUUUCGAGAGCUACGAGCAGGACUUCGCGGUGCUGACAGCCGAGAUCACGGGCAGGAUCGGGAAGGUGCCUAAGCUGGUAGGAGAUGAGAAGAAGCAGAUGGUUGCAAAUGUUGAGAAACAGCUCGAAGAAGCAAGGGAGCUGCUUGAGCAGAUGGAGCUUGAAGUUCGAGAGAUACCGCCUCAAAGCCGAGGAAUGUACAGCAGUCGAAUGAGAAGCUACAAACAAGAAAUGGGCAAACUUGAAGCUGAUUUUAAAAGGUCACGAAUCGCCUACAGUGAUGAGGUGCGGAAUGAGCUCCUAGGGGAUGACGGGAAUUCCUCAGAGAACCAGUUGAUAAAAUUACGUGAAGAGAGGGCACAUCUGCUCGAUAACACAGAGAGGCUGGAAAGGUCAUCUCGGAGACUAGAGGCUGGAUACCAAAUAGCAGUGGAAACCGAGCAGAUUGGACAAGAGAUGCUGGAAAACCUCAGCCAUGACAGAGAAAAGAUCCAGCGUGCUCGGGAGAGGCUUAGAGAAACCGAUGCAAACCUGGGGAAGAGUUCCAGGAUUUUGACGGGAAUGUUGCGAAGUUCAAAACUCCACAGAAGAUAG